AAGAUGCAUUUCUUUACUGUUUUCAUCCUCAUGUGUGUCUUAUUUGUUGAUGUUUCAUGCAUUGGUUGGCUAAUGAAAGGAGACGAUAGAGGAUGUCCAAGACGAGCCGGAGCUCAACCGUUUUACUUUGGAACGACGCACCUCGAGUGCAUCAUAAGACAUGGCAAAAAGGGGCGCAAACGUAGCGCACCUUGGAGAGGACCAUGGACUCUGUGGCAUCGUUACAUUGAAUACAGAGGAUAUUUUUAUGAUUUGAAAACCAACUCCAAAGUAUCCAUCGCUAGAAGUCGAUUAAAUGGACAUGUGUGUCCUGGGGCUAGGGAAACUUACCCUGCUGGGUACAGCGAACUAAGUCCCGGGUGUCUUGAAGGUUGCGCCAAAAAUUACAGAUGUCGGUAUGGUCGCUACGACUUCCUUUUUAACAACUGUCACAACUUCGCUAACCGGCUGUCUGAAGUUUUGUGUAGAAGAGGUACAACAUGUCCUGGCUGGUGUAUGGGAGGUUGUAACGAUUUGGAAUAUAAUUAACAAUUGAAUUAAACGAAGACAAGUUUAAUUUAUAAACUUUUUUGAUUACUUGAGACAUGUACAUUAGCAAUGCUGAAAAUGAAUUUGAGUUUACUUGACCGCUUCACACAUAUAAUAUUUUACCUAUUCUAUUUUAUGUACAUGUACAUUUAUUGUGGUUAAAAUUGUGAAAAAGCAGAGUAAGAAACAUAGAUGACAAAAUAAAAUAAAUUUUCUAUUUCAUCACUCAUAAA